AUGAUAUUCAACUUUAAGGACCUCCAUGACAUUGAGGUUCAAAUCAAGGAGGCCAUCCGACAAGGGAUCUUUAUGGAAGAUAAUGAGCCUUCAAAGAAGGAUGUUGUUCACAGUUCCAAUACUACUACUGAUGAUGGAUUUGACGCAUUCAGAAUGAUGGAUGCAGUUCCUGUAUCAACAACUAACUUCUAUAAACUUUUUGCUUCAAAGUCCCAUGUCCUAUUGUAUCCAGGAGGAAUGCGUGAGGCUCUUCACCGAAAGGGUGAGGAGUACAAGUUAUUCUGGCCACAACAGUCUGAGUUCAUUAGGAUGGCAGCAAGAUUUGGAGCAAAAAUUAUACCUUUUGGUGCUGUUGGAGAAGAUGAUGUUGGUCAAGUAGUCCUUGAUUAUCAUGAUCUCAUGAAGAUUCCUUAUUUUAGAGCUGGAAUAGCAGAACUUACUGAUGAGGCUGUGCAGUUGAGAACUGACACUGAAGGAGAAGUUGCAAACCAAACUGUGCACCUUCCAAUUAUCUUACCUAAACUUCUACGCCGCUUCUAUUACUUUUUUUGGGAAACCAAUUGA